AUGACCACGAAAAAUAACAGCAACAAAGACGACGAAGUCUAUCGAGUGAUGAGCAAAAACCAAGAGCUCUCCGUGAUUUCGGUGACGGCGACGAAGAUGGUCGCGGAGGCGCAAGGGAGGCACAAAGCCGCCCCGACGGCCACGGCGGCGAUCGGGAGAAACUUAAUCGCGUCGUUAUUACUCGGGUCGUUCAAAGGAGACGAAGAGACCGUGCAAGUGACGUUCCGAGGGGACGGACCUCUGGGGCAACUGACGGCUGUCAGUGACAACUUAGGGAACGCGAAGUGCUUAGUCGGGAACGCUUUAGCGGAUCCGCCGUUACGACCGGACGGGAAGUUGAACGUCGGGAUGGCAGUCGGGAAAGGGAUACUUUCAGUGUCUCGGUCGCAUCCGAGCUGGGUGCAACCGUAUAACGGGCAGGUGAGCAUUUACACCGGGGAGAUUGCUGAAGAUAUCGCGGUGUACAUGCGCGACAGCGAACAGACGAACAGCGCGAUUUCGGUCGGCGUGCAGUUGGAUAGAGAGUUGACGGUAGUGGGUGCGGGGGGAUAUAUGGUACAGGUGUUGCCGUUUGCCAGCGAUGAGACGUUAGAUUAUUUGGAGAAACAUAUCCCGACUUUGGAUUCGCCGAGUACGAUGGUGGAAAGCGGGAUGACGGCGGAGGAAAUCGCCAAAGCCAUCUUGGGAGAUUUGGGUGCCUUCGAAGAGGUGGAAACGAGGUUGACGCCAAAAUAUGGGCCGUGUUGUCGAGAGGAGUUGGAAGGUAGAAUGUUGAAAGCGGUCGCCAGUCUUGGACGAGAAGAAGCGAUGAAAAUUAUAGAAGAAGAUGGUAAAAUUGAAGUGACGUGCGAGUUCUGCAAAGAGGAUUUGGUAUUCAACGAAGAGGAAAUAGAGAAGGCAUUGCAAGGGAUUUGA